AUGCCAGACGAUCUUCUGAUUCUUCAACCUGAAAUCAACGAAAAAGCCACACAACUACAGAAUUUGGCCAAAGAACUUAAAACCGCUUCUGGUGAUGGUAAUGUCGGUACUGCAGCCGGAGACCUAGCCAGUAAUGCCCAAACACUUCACGGCGCAGCCAGUCAACUACCUGCUACUGAUGGACUUACUGAUCUUAAAGAUAAAGCCACAGAACUAGCUACUGCAGCCAAGAAAGAUACUACUAGUGCUGGCCAAGAUAAAGAAAGUCUGUAUGCUACGGCAACCGCACUACAAAGUGAUGCUACUGAUCCUGCCAAUGCCAUUGCAGUCAUAGAAGCAUUCAAAAAGGUCAAAACAGCAUACGAAAAACUGGCAGCACAUCCUAAAUACUCAACCAAUAAACCAUCACCAGGUCAAACACCAGACCCAAAUACUGCUAAAAGAAAGGUCAAAGCCGUUGAAACUGCCUGGAAUGGGGUCAAGACCGAAUUCGAAAAUCUUUGUAAGGCACUCAUCAAACACUACUCCGAUGAGGUGAACACUCAGGCUACUCAACUCAAAAAUGAUCCCACUGUUGAAAAUGCCCGAGCCUUCAAAGAAGAAUAUGACACAUUCAAAGACGUCAAAUCCACCAUCGAAAUCAAACCCGGCGACAGCGGCACCAAAAAAACCAUCGAAGUUACCAAUCUACCUCAUAUCAAUGACACUUUUAAACCUAGACAAAAAAAGUUCAUUUGGAUCAUUAUUCCUUCCAUUCUUACUCAAUGGUUAAACUUCCUAACCUAUAAACUAGCAGUUUAUCCCCAAAAACUUAAAGCUGAAGCUAACGGUCUAUCCGGUAAGGCCGGCACACUAUCUACCCGUUCCAGUACACUAGAAACUGCACUAGGUAGUAAUGAAGCUGCUAAAAAACUUGCCGAAGGACUGAAGGAAGCCGCUAGCAAUUCUGUCUCUGGUAAGGGUCUUAAAGAGUUACUCGGAGAUCUUAAUAAAGCUAGUGGAAUAACAAAUAUACACGAUAAGGCCAAAUUGGUCCUCGCAAAAUACAAUGAGGUAGUUAAUGCAUAUAACUCUGUGAAAGGUGAUACAACUGCUACUGGUAAAGCUGUUGAAUUUGCCACUGUUAAAUCUGCAUUCAAUCAACUUCAGAAAGCAGCAUACGAAGGCACCAUCGACGACCCCAGCGAAGGCAAAGCCGAUGACAAACGCUAUAAUGGUAAAGCCGAAGAACUAAAGACUAAGGCCCAAUUACUUCACGAUGCAGCUAACGCAAUAUUCGAGGCUGCUAAGGAUGGUAGUCCACUUACUGAACUUCGUACUCCAGCCGGACAACUUAAGGAAGCGGCCAAGAGUAGUAGUGGUCAAGAUGAUCUAUACAAUGCUGCAAAGGCACUAGAAUCUGGUGGUUCCGUGGAUGAACAUAAGGCCAAUGACGUCAUAGCUAAGUUUGACGCAGUCAAGUCAGCGUACACAACACUGUCAAGUAAAACUGAAUACAAAGAUGUAAUUGAAGAUAAUUCUAGUCUACCUCAAGAGCAACAACAAAAGGUCAAAGCUGUUGAUACCGCCUACAAAGAUCUCAAGGGUAUCUACUAUCAGAUGCUAAACCUUUCCAAACUACAUAAAGCGGCCGAAAAACUUAGAGCCGCUGCUCAGGCUGCUAGUGGUCUUAAUACACUUGAAGAUCUUAAAAAUGCAGCCGAUAAUCUAAAAACUAAUGUCACAACUCUACGUGACCAAACUGCUGGUAAUGCCUAUGAUAAUGCUAAAAAUGUUGAAGACAAAUUCAAUGAUGUCAAAUCCGCAUUCAACAAACUAACUGCUGAUGAGAAUAAGGUUCAGGAUACGUUCAAUGCUCUCAAAGGUGUCUAUGACCAUAUCGGAUCUACAACCUUUCUAGAUCUAUUAAUUCCAAAUCUCAACAACAAUUCUUAG